AUGUCUACUGCCAGAUGCUCCCAAUGCAAGCAUGAUAAAGCCAUUGCGGAAUAUGAUAGAAACCGCCGCGAGAAGACAAGCGGAGAUGAGACAAAGACGUGCUUCUUUGCGAGCCGGGCAAACAGUAGAAACAUUGGAGCUAUCCCCACCCAGAGCUGUAAGACAAGGAAUACGUUCUGCCUUUCCUUGCGCAUUUCUCAGUUCCCGUUUACAAUGGAAAGAAUUGAAUAUGGGCUCAAUGACGAUCCAAGUUCAAAGAUAAAGCCACGCUUUGAAAUCUGUUGUAAAAAGGGAGAUGUUCAGCUGUUACCUUUGCAAGCACCACCUCCGUAUUUACAAUAUCUUUUGCAGUCUCCUGAUCCGGUUGCAAGAAGAUUUCGGACCAGUAUUCGUGAAUACAAUUCUGCACUCACGUUUACAUCGGUAAAAUAUACUGCUGAUCAACGGGCUCCAGCGCAAAGUGGUGGUUUGCAAUGUUUUCAAAUCCAUGGAGAGCUUUACCAUAUGCAAGGACCAUUGCAUCCACAACAGAACGCCUCACCAAGCUUUGCACAGCUAUAUUUUUACGACCCUGAGUAUGCAGCUGGUGUACGACAUGAGGCACAUCCCAACCUUGAUCUUACCAUAUUGCAGAGACUUACAAUCGAGUUACAUGAUGUCAACCCUUUUAUAGCAAUCUAUAAAACAGCCCGGGAGCGACUAAUGGAUGCAGAACGUUUGCAAGGUCCUGCAAGAAUAUUGUUAAGUCCGCAGCUGCAAUUGAUAAUGGAAUCAGGUGCUGACAAGCGUCGCCACAACCUGCCAACCAGCAAUGAGAUUGCGGUUAUCAUACCUGAUGAGUAUGGACAGGCAGGAUUUCGAGAUAUUGUACUCGCAAACCGUGAUAUGGAUGGCGAUGAAUCGUUCAACAUAAUUAAUCCUAAUAAUGCUGCUUAUAUGCCCUUGCACUAUGUAUUGCUAUUUCCGAAUGGUGAUCAAGACUUCAAUGCAGAGGAGACAGGACGUCGUGUAAUACUACCCAGCAGCUACACAGGUGGAGACCGGUAUAUGCAACAAUUGUAUCAAGAUUCUAUGGCUAUAGUUCGACAUUUUGGACGUCCAACCCUCUUUAUCACAUUUACAGCCAAUCCAAAGUGGCCAGAGAUCGUUGCAGAGUUGCUUCCGGGGCAAACAGCUGUUGACAGGCCUGAUCUUACAGCAAGAGUCUUUCAUAUGAAACAACAGCAACUGCUUGCUGAAAUAAAGCAUAAAAAUAUCUUUGGCCGCUAUAUUGGAUGUGUAUGGACCAUUGAGUAUCAGAAACGUGGAUUACCGCAUAUGCAUCUCUUGCUAUUCCUUCAUCCGGAUGAUCGAUUUCUUACAGCAGAACGCAUUGAUGAAAUAGUGUGUGCUGAAUUGCCGGAUCCCAUUGCAGACCCUAACGGAGAAUUGCGAGCAAUUAUUACAAGCUGCAUGGUUUCCGAAGAUGCGCAAAACGCUUUCCUAAAGAAUAUCAACAAGAGACGGUAUUGCAAGAAGAUGGAUAUCCUCUUUACCGCCGCCGCAACGAUGGAAGAACUCAUACAAUACCUUUGCGAGGCUCCGGUGGAAAUGAAACUUUUUCAUUUGAUAAUCGCUGGGUUGUACCUUACAAUCCAUAUCUCUCCUGGCGAUACAAAGCGCAUAUCAAUGUUGAAGUUUGUUGGCAAUGAACCUGAUGAAGUAAAGCGAUAUUUGCAAGGUCGUUACAUUGGGCCAACAGAGGCUGUAUGGAGGAUUUUUGAAUUUGCAAUGCAUGAGGAAUCUCCGGCUGUCAUGCACCUGGCUGUACACUUGCCCGGUGAACAGGCAGUUUAUUACGGAAUAGAUGCAAAUCGAGAAGAUAUCUUGCAAAGAAUGGAAAGUGCAAAGUCAACACUUAUGGCAUUCUUCCAAUACAAUGCAGAGAAUGUCGAUGUUGUCCAUGGUGCAAAAUCAUUUGAUGAUUUGCGAACUGUUGUGGGAGCGUUGCAACCUACAUUCAAAGCGGCAUGUCUUGCUCUGGGACUACUGGAGGAUGAUCGCGAAUGGGUGCAGUGUUUUACAGAGGCUGUUCUAUUUGCAUCUGGAGCUGCACUGCGUACAUUAUUUGCAACAGCCCUUCUUUUUGGGGAUUUAACUGAUCCAAAAGCUCUUUGGGCCGAAUUUGGGAACAAUAUUUGCGAUGAUAUACCUCACACUCUUCAAACAAACGAGGCCCUUGCUGCUCCAGCUGACUUGCAAGACCCUCAUCUUGAUUAUGGUCUUUAUUUGAUAUCGCAGAUACUUGCAGAUUCAAGCAAAACUCUUGCAGACUUCGAUUUGCCUCCAUAUAUCCACAAUUGGCAUCGUACUGCUGGAAAUGAAAUGAUUGCGGCAGAAUUGCGGUAUAAUCAACAAACAGAACUGGAGCUGCGUAAUGAGAGGAUUGCAAAGCUUAACGACGAACAAUUGCAAUGCUACAAUACGAUUGUAAGAAGUGUUGAUAAUCCCGCAACAACACAGUUCUUCUUGCAAGGCCCGGCUGGAACGGGAAAAACAUUUCUUUAUAAUACUAUCUGCAACCAUUUCCGGUCUGAAGGCAAGAUUGUUCUUUGUGUUGCAUCUUCCGGCAUUGCAGCACAGCUACUACCUGGUGGCAGAACAUCGCAUUCAAGGUUCAAGAUACCCAUUGUUAUUAAUGAAUCAUCAACUUGCACUAUUUCUCGCAAUACCUCCCUGGCCGGUCUCAUACAGCAAGCAAGUCUUAUCAUCUGGGACGAGGUACCAAUGCAACAUAAAUAUUGUUUUGAGGCUGUAAAUAGGUCUCUCAAUGAUAUUUGUGGUUCUGGGGAAGAUGCAUUAUUUGGCAAUAUACCAAUCGUGUUGGGCGGAGACUUUGCCCAGAUUCUGCCAAUUGUAAGACGGGGUAAUCGCGGUGCAACAGUUGCGGCAUGUUUGCAAAGAUCAUUUCUAUGGCAGCGUUUUCAGCAACUUUUAUUGAAAACAAAUAUGCGAGUUAGGGAAGGAGAAGCAAAUAAGGAAUUUGCCAAUUGGCUCUUACAAUUAUCUUACAAUCCACAAUGGAACGGUCGAAUAUGUUUGCCGGAAUUCAUAUCUAUUUGCACAACAGUUGAAGAUCUCUGCGAGCAUGUAUUCCCUGCAGAAAUAGUUGCAUCAGCUCACACCAAUUACACGGCAUUUAAGGGGCGUGCAAUACUUGCAAUCCGAAAUGAUUUAGUUGCGGAGUUCAAUGAUAUUGUUCUCAAUACACUUAACGGUGAAGCUAAGACAUAUUAUUCCAUUGAUAGUGCAGACUUCAACAACUCAGAAGAAGCAUCAAACGAACUCCCUGCAGAGUAUUUGCAAAACCUGAAUCCAGCUGCAUUACCACCUUCCCAUUUGCGAUUGAAGAUCGGCGCUCCGGUAAUACUUUUGCGCAAUCUAUAUCCAAAGCAAGGGCUUUGCAAUGGAACAAGAAUGACAGUAAUUCGUAUGGAAAGACGUUGCAUUGAGGUGCGAAUAUUGGGAGGCGAUAAUGAUGGGCAAGUAAAGAUUAUUCCUCGCAUCAAACUUUCUACAACUGAAGGGGAGUUGCCCUUUAUCUUAACUCGAAAACAAUUUCCUGUAAGAUUGUGUUUUGCAAUGACAGUAAAUAAGGCACAGGGGCAAUCACUUGACAUUGUAGGGAUUGAUUUGCGGACUUCAUCUUUUACGCAUGGACAAUUGUAUGUCGCAUUGUCAAGGGCAACAGAUGUAAAUAAGUUACGAAUCUUGCAAACGGAGGGGAGAGGGAGGGAAACCGAGAAUAUAGUGUAUCCGGAGGUACUGUUGAGGGAAUGA